AUGCUGAUCUUCAAGAAUCCAAACUCGAGCCAUCCUAUUCAGGGACUUCCAGACUCCGUGGACGGCGUUUGCUAUCGCUCAACGCCGAGUGCAUUCAUCAACAAUGUGACGAUGGAGGAGUGGCUACACGAUGUUCGUUGUUGGGGACCUGGAGGUCCGUUUGCUGGCGAACGUAUACUCUGGAUGGAAAUCGCAAGCGGCCACUCAAGCCCCGAGCCUGCUGACCGCUUCCCUAUUCAGCGAAUAAAGGCACAUUGGCGCUCCAUUUGCGAGGCACGCAAUAUGCAAGCUAUUCGGCACGGGGACUGGGCGACAAAGUCAGGGGCUCUGUCAAACCCUGGGAAACAGUUCUUCUUGGAGACAGCAGCGGAGUGCAUUCGUCAGCUUAGUAGAAAGUUACGUGAGCUCUUGGCGGCCCACCCAGCCGACUUUGAAAAGGGGUACCGGGAGGUAGAUGUAGCAGGACUAGAAUGCACAAGCAAUUCCACGUGA